AUGGCGUUGUGGGGUGGGACUCAAUGCGAUGCCCUUCCUAGGCCAAAUCCACACCAGUCCUCUGCUGUCCCGCUCGAUGGGUCCAACAGGUCGCGCACACCCUCCCACCUUCCCUCCGAUGGGGGAUUCAGAUGGGUGAGCGGCAGCAGCCCAGACUCCCCUUCCCCGCGGAGACUACUCCGACGGCCACUACGAGGGCGACUACUCGAUGCCCACCGAGGAGGACCAAGAGGAGGAGUCGUGCUCCUGUCAGAGCCAGAGCGAGUUCAGCUCGAUAGAGCGCACAGAGUCGGACUCGGAGUGGGAGGAGCUCUCCGACGGCCCUUCCCCCAGGGUCUCCCCGCUGGAGUCCCUCGGCGCAGUCGUGCUCUCCACAAUGCAGCCGGAGCACCGUCAGCGCAUGGUGGCCUUGUACCACCUCGUCUUGGAGACCGCUGUGGUCAAGGUCGUGCUGCUGGUGCUGAAGAUGCUGUGCUGCGCGGAGUUCUGGCUGGUCGAGAAGACCGUGGGCGCCUCCGAUUGUGGAACAGCAAGUUCAAGCUGCGCACCAUCCAGCGCCAGUUGCUGUGGCGCAUGGCCAAUGCCCGGGGCGACGAGACGCUCGUUUUCUUUGCCGUGCUCAUGACCACGACCACGCCCUGGCUGUUCUCCCGUCGAGGAGCUGGUGUUCCAGAUACGCCUGCACCUCGUGCUCUAGGGGGCAGCCAUCGAGCAGAAAGCAAAAAGCAGCAAGCAUUAUCCAAUCACACACUGACAGAAGACACACGACCACCCGCCCGACACUCCACCCCUCCCCUCAGAGAUGUUUGCACUUCCAUUUGGGCAUCUAUUUUCGUUGAUGCCAGAAUCGCAAUGCACGGAAUCGUCUCUCCGUUUUUGGCCGCAAUCAAAAUACAUAUGUAG